UGAAUGUCAACAAAGGAAUCAGGAAGGGGGCGUGUAGCGCUGGUUGCCCGUUGCUUGGUAGGAGAGGCAUCGGGGGCAUCUCCACUGUCAGGCUUGUCACCACAGAGAGAGUGGAGUUAGUUAAGCAGAAAAUAUGGCGUAGCAUCAUCCUGCUAGGUGAAGGAUGGUCAUGGAGCCGGUGCAGGGGGGAGCGGUGGAGUCCUGUCGGCUUUGUGGCGCCCAGGAGGGCAAGUUACUGCACCUGGAUGACACAUUCUCCAUCCUAGGCAGCUCCUCCACCAUCCUUCAUCUUCUCCACAGCAUCUCAGUCUUUCUUAAAGUACAGAAUGAGUGUGAGCCUCUGAUGCCUCACCAUCUAUGCUGGCACUGCUUCAACACAGCUGUUGACAUUAAUGCUUUCAUCGAUUCUGGCAUCAAUUUCCAGAAAACCACCAUCAAUCAUCUCCUUUCGUCUCAUAACACAAGGACAGCAGAAGCUCCCUGUCACUCCCUCCUUCCAGUACCAGCUUCCAGUGAGAAUGCUCCUGAGGUCAUACUUCAAGGGGAAUUGGUGGAAGAAGAGGAGCAGGAGAGAGAGGUAGUGCUGGGGGUGAGCGAUGACCAGAUGGGUGGAGCCUCUGUAAUGACUGUGACCAAAGAGGAAAUACAAUUAGAAAGGUGUUACCAGAAUAUGCAGAAUAACCUGAUUAAGAAAUCGGAAGAUAAGACAGACUUUAACCAAACAGCAUUUAAUGUAGAAGCAGCUAAUGUGGAAGAAAUUUUUGAGAAUAAAAAAGAAAACUCUCUAGAAAAUAGAGACAGUGGUCAUGAAGUGAAAGUAGACCAGCAACAAGGGAGCAAGCAGUUAUUAGAGAAGGAUAUGAAGAAAUCAGUAGCAGAUAAUGCAAGAGAGAAGUGUUCCUUCUGUAGCAAGACAUUCCAGAGACAGAGUCAACUUAAGAGUCACCUGGCCAGCCAUAGCGAGGCAAGGCCACACCAGUGCCAGGUGUGUGGUGUGGCCUUCAAGCACCGCAGAAACUUGGUGGAGCAUGCCCACACCCACAGCCAGCAUCCAUCCUUCAUCUGUGCUGUGUGUGGCCUCACCUUCAAGCAAAAGAGCAAUUUGCUGAAGCACGAGAGGACUCACAGGAAGGGAAGUGUGCCCAGCUAUAGGUGUGAGGUGUGUGGUAACCGGUACUCACAAUCCUCACAUCUCAAAACACACAUAAGGAAUGCACACAACAACAACCCCGGCUUCCGGUGUGAGCAGUGCAGUGUGGUAUUGGUGCGCCGCUCUUCCUUGCGCCGCCACAUGGCCACUGUGCACGCCUCCUCCACCAGGUUCACUUGUCCACACUGCAACAAGGGCUUCACUAACCACCAAAAUUAUCAAGGACACAUUCGGAGCCACACUGGGGAGCGGCCGUAUCGAUGCUUGGCGUGCUCCAAGGCCUUCACCACUCCCAAGGCCCUCAGCAGACAUCGUUUGGUUCACCAGGGCAACAAGACUCAUAAAUGUACCCAGUGUGGCAAAGCCUUCUUGGAGCUAUGUGACCUGAAGCGACACACCAAGCGACACCUGCAGAAGAGUGCCAAGAGGGCAAAGGCAGUAGCCACAAAUGGAUGCCAGCCAGUAGCCACUGGUGAUCCUACUGAUCCCAAUGUGGGCUCCAUUAAUCUUAUGGUGCUGACAGACUCUCUCAUCUUCACUGAAUCUCAGCAGCUCCUUGACAACCAAGAACCAAGGCCUGAUCAGGUAAUCUUGCCAAAUGGAAAACUGGACGGUCCCAAAGAUGUCACCAGGGAUGCUGUGUUACAGGGUGAACCACCACCCCUGGAACUACAGAAGAAGCCCAGUGUUGAAGUAAUCUCUUCAGGCCCCAUGCUGCCACCUGCUUCAGACAUGGAGGCAGUACUACAGCCUCCAGUGAUGGGAGAUAUGGCUGCUCCCCUCCACUCUGGCCAAGUUUUACAGCCCACCACCAUUGAAGUUGGGGACGGUGCCAGUACACCCCAAGUGGACCUGGUGCCCCGUGAGUGUCCUGGGGGCUCUGUUGCUCCUGAUGCACCAACAAUGGUAGUGCUGGCUUCAGCAAGCACUCCUACUGAGUACCUGCCUGAUCUAGAACCCCGAGCAGGUGCCAGAGCCAGCAGCCCAGUUGGGGAUGUAGGUGAGCGGGUCCUGAGCCAUGCCACCUGGUGACCUGCACCAGUCUGCGGUUAAGGUAUACUAUUUAAACAAUGGGCAAAACUGUGUUGUCAAGGAGAGUGCUUUAAAACUCUUGUAUAAGGGAACAUGAAAAUACUUUAUUUCUGUGGCACAUAUCCCCCUCUCUCUCUCACACACACACACACACAUACACACACACACACACACACACACACACACACACACACACACACACACACACACACACACACACACACACACACACCACGUAGUGUAGUG